CUGCGCUCCGGCAGAGCGAGUUCUACUGCGAAGCCAGACACUGCACCGAACAGGUCUCUGAACAUCUCUGAAAUAAUUUUUUUCUCCUCCGCGUGCUGAAAGGAAAACUGUUAUCCUCUCCUCAGCCUUCACUCACCAGGUGUGAAUAGGUUGUCCCUUGGUAUCGUCUUUCCUUGGUCAUCUCUGUCCUGUCCUGUACCGUACUUCUGAAGAUAAAAGGCUUCUGUCUGCACCGACCUCAAAUCACCACCUCGAGUCUCACACUGCCUUACCAGCCAUAAGGAGAGACUCCCCUGGUUGCCACUGACCCCCAGCAUGGCAGACGGUCGUCAACGUGAAGACACCCCCCCCCAGUGGGAUCCGUCGGGGGCACAGGACCCCUCUCCUCCCCCAGCCCAUGGGGCUAAUGGCUACCCCCCCUCCUACAGGGCGUGCCAGCCAGGGACGGCCCAUGGAGCAGCACCACCCUCCUACACCGCCAGAGAGAAUGGCUUCAACGGCGACCACGCAGUUACGGCUGAGCAAGUGUCUGCGCGGAUCGUGCAAGAGGUGACAGCCGAGGCAGUGGCAGUACUGAAGGGAGAACAGGAGACAAGACUGCCCUCAGUUGAAGACACGUCGAACCUGCCUCCCUCCCCUCCUCCCUCACCUGCUGCUGAACACUGCUUUGGACCCCUGGAUCAAGAUGUAGGGGAUGAGGAGGAGGAGGCCUGCCCUCUCCACCACUUCCAAAAUUCUCGGGAGAGGUGCAAGUUCCUCGCCCCCUCCAUCUCUGUGUCUAUGCCCGAGGAUGACCCCUACCACUCUGACGAGGAAUACUAUGAUCACCCCUUGUUCAGCCCUGAGUGGGAUCGCUCGGUCUCCUCUCGGCCCUCAGUGCCGGCCGCUGCCUUUAGACAGAUCCAAGUAGAGACCGUCGAGGCUCUUACAGACACAUUCGAGGAGGAGGAGGAGGAGGAGGAAGAGGUGUUGAUGUUGGAGGAAGAGAUGGAAGGGGCAGCAGCAGAAACCGCAGCAGCUCUUGAGGAGCUGUGGAGUGGGGAUGAGCCUGAGCUGGACAGCCCCCCAGCCGAGCCCUUAGAACAGGCAGAGGCCAUAGGCGAGGCCCAUACUGUGCCACCCAUACAGGCCGAGGCAGCUAGUGCCGCCCCAGAAGGCCCUAACGGGAGGGUGGAGGAGGAGGAGGUGGCAGAGGCUGAGGGGGAGGAGGAGAGUCCUGAGGAAGCCUUGAAGAUGGACACGGACAAACCAGACAGCGAGAGGAGUGGAUCCCUCAGCCCAGACUUCACUGAACAAGAGAGUCCAGCUUUCCUCAGCAGGGACCACACAGCAGCACCCCUGAUCCCCAAAACGGACAUGGCUUCCCCUUCCCCUUCUCUGUCCCCUUUACCUUCAAACAGCCAGAGCCAAGCCAAAGAGCUUAGCAAAAUGUCUAUACUGGAUGAACCUAAAACAGUCUCAGAGAAGCAGCCGUCAGUGGAAGUUCUUGAGUCCAGUAACCUCACGUUGGAUUCAGGGUCUGGGUUCACUACAGCUGGAGACCAAGGUCAAGGACAAGGUGUGCCAUCUGACUCUAACAAAGACAAAUCGGGCAUGUCAGCUUAUUUCGAGACUUCGGCCCUGAAGCCAGAUGAGGGAUCCAAGGGGGCUCAAGCAGAAGGUUAUUAUGAACUGAGCACCGCAGGAGAAGAGAAGGAGGUCUUAGGGAGCAGUUCCCCAACAGUUCCGUCAGCUCUUGAGAUCAACUACAGCAUGCUGGCACAAACACAGUCAGUGGAGGAGAAAUCAGACAUGAUGGGAGAUCAAAAGGAGACCUUACCGGCCCUGGACAGGAGUAACGAAUGUAGGCUGUCUCCUGGGAAGCUGGCCCUGGAUCAAAGAAGCUACUCUCUCAACAUUACGAUUGGAUCGAUGGAUCCCAGUGGUCAUGGACGACCUAGAAACUUCUCACCACUGGCCACGGAUAUCAUGUCUUUUACCAGCGGCAGUCUGGAGGAGUCUGCCAACUAUCUCCCAGUCACCAUCCCAUCUGUGGAGAAGGAGCCACCACCCUUCCGUCCCCUGAUCCUAGAGACGGCAGCCUCAGUCACGUCCGACUCUUCAUCUCCUCCCCACAACACAGCAACAGAGACCCCCGGUGAAAAGACCAGCCCCCAGGGGUCAGAGUCCCCAGAAUCUCCCUUCCCACCCAAAUACUACUACAAAAAUGGGACAGUCAUGGCUCCUGACCUACCUGAAAUGCUGGACCUUGCGGGCAGCAGGUCUAGACUGGCUUCUGAGAACACCGACCCUGAGAUCAUGAGGAGGAAGUCUGUCCCUGUGGACGCCCAAGUCCUUGGCAGCGACUCCCUGGCUAACCUGGUUCUGGGGGACCAGAGUCAGAACCAGAGUCUUGCCAAGAGUGAGAGCCAGCUGGAGGAGUUGGGUUACUGUGUGUUCAGUGAGUACUCAGGGCCCAUGCCUUCCCCUGCUGACCUCCAUAGUCCCAUUGACUCCCCGACCCAGCGCUUUACCCCUAUGGCUCUGGAGGAAAAGAUGGCGGAGGAGAAACUGAAAAUCGAUGCCAGAGACAAACUAGCCGAAGACGAGAAAACCAGUCAGUUAGCUGAGAGCGCCGGUUCCAAAGAAAAAGAAGAAACCAAACAAAUGGGACAGAAGGAUUCAGCUUCAGAGGAAAAAGACAACAAAAAGAUCAGCCAUGAAAAUGCUUCCAUGGAAAACCAAAAAGACAAACCAGCUUCAGCUGUGAUGUCAGCCGAGUCCUUUGUAACUCCUACAGUGACGGUUACCCUGGAAGAGGAGGAGAAGCUAGGAGACAACGGACCCGAGACAGAUGCUGAGAUGGCUGCCUAUGAGAGGCAGAUCCGCCGGCUGGAGAUGGAGGACAGGCCCCUGAGCAUGGAGGAGGAGCGGGAGCUGCAGGAGCUCAGGGAGAAGGUGAAGGACAAGUUCCUGGUGCACCAGGAGGCAUACGAGGAGGUGGAUGCUGAAGACGUCUACCAACUGACUGGAGUUGCCAAGGACAGGAUCGGCAGGCCCGUUAGGCCCUCCCCAGCCUCCUCUGUGGAGAGUACCACAGAAGAAGACAAUAUUUCAGUUACGGAGACAGAGAAACCUAAACAGACGGGAGGUCAGACAACACCAACAAAGCUUGACGUCAUGGUGACGUCUCCCUCUGUGUCAGGUGAUGGUGUGAGCACCACAGAAGAAGACAAGGCUCCAGUUACGGAAAUAGAGAAACCUAAACAGAAUGGAGGUCAGACAACGCCAACAAAGAUUGACGUCAUGACAAUGUCUCCAUCUGUGUCAGGUUGUGGUGUGAGCACCACAGAAGAAGACAACAAGAAAGUUAGCAAAGAGGAGCUGAAGGAGCAGGUUGUAGAGGUCAAAGAGAGGACCAUGGAAGAAAAUAAAAAGGUAGAGCGGCAGGAGGAGUAUACAGAGCAGGCAGUGGAACCAGAUGAAAUCAUGAUAAAGAUAAAACCAUCAAUGCCUGUAGAGAAAGAAGAGAAAGUUGAGAAGGAUAGAAUGACAAACAAGGAGGAAAAGGAGGAAGAUAGUGAAGUUCUGGCAGGGGCAGGGGCAGGAGCAGCGUUGAUUGAUGUUCCAGAACCCAGAGCUGCCAUAGAGUCAGUGGUGACUGUAGAAGAUGACUUCAUCACUGUAGUCCAGACCAUCGACGAGGGUGAGGAGCCGGGACACAGCGUGCGUUUUUCCGCUCCGCCCGAGCCUGAGACACCAGAGGAGGAGGAGGAGGAGGAGUCCCAGGAGGUGGAGAUCAUGGAGGCAGCUAGUCUAGAGGAGGUGGGGGAUGUCUCAGAGGAGGUCCUUGAGAAGGAGGUGCAGGCCUCCCCAGAGAAGGAGGUGCAGUUGGAGACCGAGGGACAGACAGAGAGCUACGACAGAGACGAGACCACCAUGGACGACUCCAUCCUAGACAGCUCUUGGGUCGAUACUCAAGAUCUCUCCACUGUAGAUGUGGAUGAUGACAUGAGCAUGGCUGCCGAGCAGAUCGAGCCCCUGAGAGCUGACCGGGUCCCAGCCCCACCAGUCAAGAAGUACAAGACUCUCCAGCAGCAGAGGCAGGAAAAGCAGCCAGUGAAGCCCAAGGCUAAAAGUGCGCGUGUGAGGGGGCGCGAGGGGUGCGUCUCCACCCCUGAACGUAAACCCGUCCGCAAGGAGACUGUCUGUAUCCCCAGGGAAGACAUGAAGAAGAAAAAAGCCGUGAACAAGAAGACUGAGCUGACUAAGAAAGCAGAGACGCGCUCCUCUCCAUCCCGGAAGAGUGUGUUAAAGCCUACUGCGGUCCGACACCCAAAUCCCGCCCAGCCCCAACCCCACCCCUCUGCUCGGAGGAAACCUACAGUGGGUGUACCAGAAGGUCGUCGGCCCCUCAGUGUAGCUAGACAGUCUCGGGACAGAGCCUCAUCACCACCAUUAACAAAGAUCCCCACCUGUAAAACGCGAGUGGUCGCCCUCCUGCCCCCCCGCCCUAACUCGUCCUGCUCCUCCCACACUAAAAAGAACUUGCUGGGGGAGGUGGAGCUUGAUAGGCCCCGCCCCUCCUCUGGUGGGCCUCGUGACUCUACCACACUACCCAGACUGAUAUACGCGGAUGGCGGUUCGCAGAGCCCAAAAAGGUCGUCCCUGCCCCGGCCUGCCUCUGUCCCGCGGCCUGCCUCUAUCCUCAGCCGGCGUACCCACCACCAACCACAUGAGCAGGAGGAGAGCUCCACCUCUAUCACCAGCUCCGGCUCUACCGCACCCCGUAGACCCACGUCAUUCAGUACAGAGGUCAGGGCAGAGCAUAGGACAGGACGCGCCCCUAGUUGGACAGGCACACAGUCGAUGCGUUCCCGUUCGCUGUGCACCACAACCCGCACCUCAGGGUCCACAGCCAUCUCCCCUGGGACUCCUCCCAGCUACAGCUACUCCUGCCGCACACCUGGGACCCCUCUCACCCCUGGCACACCCCGUUCUCGAAGCCUGCUGCAGGACAAGAAGGUGGCUCUGCUCCGCACCCCUCCCAAGUCACCUGCUACCACUCCCAAACAGCUCCGCAUCCUUAACCAGCCCCUUCCCGACCUCAAGAACAUCAAGUCCAAGAUCGGCUCCACAGACAACAUCAAGUACCAGCCCAAGGGGGGACAGCAACACAGAGGCAGGGGCCAAACGGCCACCACAACAGAGCCCAAACGCAGCCCGUCGUGGAUCUGGAGAUUGCUCCUUCGCCUGGUCUCUCUCUCCUUAUAUCUGUCUGCUGCACACAGUGUGACGUGGGCCCCCAUGCCAGCCAAAGACCAACUGAUUCAGAUUUUAAACAAGAAGCUGGACUUCAGUCACGUACAGUCAAAAUGCGGAUCCAAGGAUAACAUGAAGCAUUCUCCUCGUGGAGGCCAUGUGCAGAUUCAGACCAAGAAGAUUGACCUGAGUCACGUGACCUCCAAGUGUGGAUCGCUGGACAACAUCCGCCACCGGCCAGGGGGAGGUAACGUGCGCAUAGAGAGUGUGAAGCUGGACUUUAAAGACAAGGCCCAACCCAAGGUGGGUUCCCUGGAUAAUGCACACCACACCCCUGGUGGAGGCCACAUUAUGAUCGAAAGCCACAAGCUGUUGUUCCGUGAUAUGGCCAAGGCCCGGGUGGACCACGGGGCGGAGAUCAUUGUGACCCAGUCUCCGGAAAUGGGCAUGUCAGGGACGGUGUCCCCCCACCGCGACAGCCACCUGUCCUCCUCUGGCAGCAUCAACUUGCUGGAGUCUCCACAGCUAGCCACUCUAGCUGAAGACGUUACCGCCGCCCUGGCCAAGCAGGGCUUGUGAGCGCCUUGACCCCCUCAGCCCAGGCACCAGAUCUCUUGACCUUCCCCCUGCCUCCAGUCCACCCCAGCUCCGGACACCUUCCCCCUGCUUCCAGUCCUGAACCCCUCAACUUGCCUCAAGUUCAACCGGACCCCAAGCCUUGGACUCCCUCACUUGCUUCUAGUCCAGCCCAAGUUCCCUCAUCAUGCCUCCACCCAGCCUCCAAUCUCCCUCCAGUCCACCCCCAGCCUCGGGUACCAAACAGCCCACACAAAUCUCUGCCUCAACCCUGCCUCAACCCCACCCUGUCUCAACCUCACUCUGCCUCAACCCCACUCUGCCCCCCGGAAACCUUCUCUGUGCCUCCAUCCAGCCUCUAUCCUUCCCUGCUACCUGCCAUGCGGUCCAUCUCAAACACCCUCACCCCACCAUGCCUCCCAUCCAUCCCAGGCCAUGGACACCCUCACCCCACCAUGCCUCCCAUCCAUCCCAGGCCAUGGACGCCCUGACCCCACCCUGCCUUCUGUCUAUUCCAGGCCCUGAACACCCUGAACCCACCCUGCCUUCUGUCCAUUCCAGGCCCUGAACACCCUGAACCCAUCCUGCCUUCCGUCCAUUCCAGGCCCUGG